UAAGUAAAACAAUAUAGAUUUUUCAUUUGUAAUUAGAGAUGUUCUGUCUAUGAUAUAUAUGAGCCAUGAGGCAAAUUGACUAACUCAUAUGAGAUGCAAAAGAGUAUUUAUUUAUAAGGCACAAAAAUGAAAUCAUUUUAUGCCAAUAAAUGUUCUAUUAUUGUAAAUAAAUAUCCUUGGGUAUUUUUCUUUCUUCUCUAUUUUGUAGCCAUGCUUGAUGUGUUUGUAGCUCAUGCGAUUAAGGUUCCACCAACAUUAUACAUAUUUGGAGACUCAACAUUUGAUGUUGGAACAAACAAUUUCCUCAACUCUAAAAGAAAGGCAAACAGCCCCUAUUAUGGGAUUGAUUUCCAUAAUUCAUUUCCCACUGGAAGGUUUAGCAAUGGUCUAAACAUUGCUGACCAAAUUGCUAGGCAAUUUGGUUAUAAGAAAAGUCCACCUUCAUUUUUGGAUUUGGAGACACUUGAAUACAGUUUCAAGGUGAACAUUAUGGUUGGUGUGAAUUUUGCAUCAGGGGGAUCUGGAAUUCUUAGAUAUACAGGAUACAAACAAUGGGGUGAAGUGAUUUUCCUUGAAAAGCAAGUGGACCAAUUCGCGUUAGUCCGCGAAAAUAUCACUAACACAUUGGGGGCAGAAAAAGCUGCUAGUUUUGUUUCUAAGGCUUUGUUUCUCAUUAGCAUUGGUAUCAACGACCUCUUAGAUUAUGAACGCAGUGAAAGUGGUGUUUAUCAUUUGGGCAAGGAAGAAAAUUUGGCUGUUUUACAGCUAAACUAUUACACUUAUGUAAGGAAACUAUAUGAAUUAGGAGCUAGGAAAUUUGGCAUCUUAAGCAUUCCACCCAUAGGGUGUUAUCCUGCUGUAACUUCUACCAAUGAAGGGAAUUGUGUGAAACCACUUAAUGAUUUCUCUGUUGCAUUCUACAAAGCAAUUCAGACUCUUCUGGAAAAGUUAAGCUUGGAAUUGGAAGGAUUUGAGUAUUCUCUUGGCAACACUUAUGCGAUGUUCACAACCAUGCUAAAAGAUCCAUUGGUAUUCGGGUUGAAUGAUACGAAGUCAGCAUGUUGUGGAAUCGGGAAGUUGAAUGGAGAAGGUCCAUGUUUGAAAACCUUGAAACAAAAUCGUUGCGGAAUUGGAAUUUUCGAUGAAGAUGAUCCAAUCUUGAAAUCCUUAAAUAAAAAUAUUUUUUCGGGUAUAAAAAAGUUCUAUAGAGAAGAUCCUUGUAAGAAACCCUUGAACAUCAGUCUUUGUGUGAAUCGUGAUAAUCACUUAUUUUGGGAUUGGUUACAUAUCACUGAGAAAGCUUCAAAGUUGAUAGCUAAAAUGGUGUUUGAAGGAGGGGUUGAGUUUGUAUUUCCAAAGAAUUUGAGUCAAUUAGUUUCUUGA